UUGAGUUAUUGGAGUUGGAUCAGUCACUGUGGCAAUGUGACUUUGGUGUUUGGGACCAGAGUUCAAGAUAAUAACAGAGCAGCCCUCUUUUUCUAUGUUAGGAAUAUUUAUUUUAAGGCGUCUGUAAAGUAUGAGUUACAGGAACGGAGAGAUGGACUGGCGGUGGACAGUUUUCACACUGUUUUUGAACUUUCAUUUCAUUUACGGGUCUCCCUCCUCUUAUGACUUGUUCCAGGGGUCUGCAUACACUGGAGUGGUGCACAGACACAGAAAUAGGAACUGGUGUGCCUAUGUGGUGCGCAGGAACGUGAGUUGCGCCGUGCAGGGGAGUGUGGAGAGCUUCCAGGAGCCCGUAGUGGCCCCAUGCCCAGCCUACCAGCCCGACUGCCAGCAACAAGUGACAUACCAAAAUCGGUUUCGACCCACAUACAAGAUUGCCUUCAAGACAGUCACAGAAUUACAGUGGAGAUGCUGUCCUGGUUACCAAGGUCUCGACUGUAAAGAUUUAAAACCACCACCAGACAGACAAACAGUUCAGGGAAUACAGCCAUACCUCCCACCAAAUCCUGGACAUACAACCAGACACACACAGCGGCCAGAACGGAGAGAGACAGGGCACCAUGAGGCAAGGCAUGGAGGGACUGAUAAGGUACAUCUUCUGGAAGGUGAAGUUCAGCGCCUGUCUCAGACUGUAUUGGAUCUCCAGUCAGCUUUGACAGGAUUAACUGGCAACCUUCGCACAGACCUGCAGGAAGACACAAAGAAGAUGCUGGUGACACUUCUCAACAACAUGCAACCGCCAGACAGUGCUACAGCUGCAGGCACAGAGGAGAACCCAGCAGUGCUGGAUGGUCACCAAGCUACUAGAGGUGGGAUUGCUGGAGACAAGGCUAUAGAAAAAAUAAUGGCCCGGUUGGAUGAUAUCAACAAUGCAUUGAAAAGCAAGGAUGAAGCUUUGGAAGACCUAAAAGGAACAAUGACAAGUCAUGAGGGGCAGAUUCGUGUCCUGAUGGAUGCCUCUCAAUCUCAGACUCCCGCCAUUGCAGAGUUUGAUGUUAUACAGACCUACAUUGAUGGAAAAUUUGAAAAGCUGAAGAAAGAGCUAGAUCAGAAUGUGGAGGAACAGAUGGCCAAGCUACAAAACUCAUGCAAUGACAAGAUCCACACCUUGCAGAAGACCUGUGAAGACAGCCGUGACCAAGGUUUGGUCAGCCUGACCAAACUGGUUGACACCAAAGAGGAUGAUCUGAGAAAAGAGAUCCGAGCACUACGUCUGGACAUGGCUGCUGCAGAUGGACCUAUUCGAACUCAAAGGCAGACAGAUCCAACCAAGGCAGAAGAGGAUCAUAGUGACCACAAAGACCUGUGGCGUGAGAUUGACCGUAUUGCAGAUGCUCACCGGAUCCUGAAUGCCCGCUUUGACAACGAGCUGGUGCACCUAUCUGAGCCUCCACAAGACAAUGAUUUCAGCCUACUGAUUGAAGAGAUGGAGGCACGCAUUAAUAUCACAGAACAAAACGCAGAGACUCACUGUUUCUAUAUUGAAGAGAAGCUGACCCGUACAAUUGCAGACGAAGUGGCAGCAUUGCGGAAGCUUCUGGAUGAGCGUCUGAAUAGCAUGGAGGACCAGUUUACGACCAUGCUGGUGGAAAUGAGCAACAGCUCCUUCCCGGGGAUGUUUGGAGACUCCAUGGAUGCCAUCCAGACAGAAGUCAACAAUAAUAAGUUCCUCCUUCAAGGUUUGGAUGAUAAGGUCAAUGCUGUUGGAGAGCUGUGCUCUGCAGGAUGUUCAGGCUCAGGAAUUUCGGUCGGUGCAGUGAGUUCAUCACCCACACCUAAAGUCCUAGAAAACAUUUUGAAGGACCUGAGUCGGUAUAGGAAUGACUUGGAUGUUCUUCACACAGAUGUCAUUACCAACAAAGACAAGCUCAGGUACCUAGAAGAAUUUGUUGAAAGGCAGUCAGUUGCAAGUGAGAGACGUGCUACGACGAUGGAGGACUUCAAGAAGGGACUCAUUAAUCUUCAAGAUAAUGUGCUUGGUCUGGCUGGUGCUGUUACUGGGUUGAGUGACUCCUUAAGCAAAUACAAUCAGGAUAUGCACAGAAUAAACUCAACAUGCUGCCAGGCAGAGCACAGUGGCACUGGGAUUCCAGCACAGAAUAACUGGGCAUCAGUCAUUGCAGAGCCCAGUAGUCAGGCAGAAGACACCAGACGUCAGGUGGAGGAGCUGAAGAACAGGCUUGAUACACUCAGUACAGAGGUGUCAUCUGAAUUGAGUCAAUGUAAACAAAACACACAGGGUGUUUCUGAUGGCAUUUCUGCUGUGGAUGGACGUGUGACCAGACUUGAAAAAGUGUGUGGAAGGUUAGAUGGCGUUUCUGCUAAUAUCAAAGAGCUGAAAGAUGGAUUGGAGAGGCAUAUUGGUGGUCUGCGGGAGUGUGUAUACAGGAUGAACAUCACCUGUGGAAAUCAUGGCGCAGACAUCGUCGCACUGCAGAAGUCAUUGCAGAAGUUCCAGGGACAGCUGUCUGCGAUGGCCAAACAUGUUUUGAAAGACAUCAGUCCCAAUGGGCCAGGAGUGGCCUUGGCACCAGAGAGGCCUGCUACCAUGCCAGAGUCGAGUCCGACCAGAACCAGAAUCCAACAAAUCCACAUCCCUCUCAUCCUCCCCCCACCGCCGUCCAACCGCAGGCAGCCGUACAAUCCCAGCCAACCAGUGCAGCCCAACACACACACGAUCAGGAUCAGCCCGCCAAGCCAGCCGUCCAGCCCCCAGCAACCAGGCCACCCCACUAUCCCUCUGGUUCCCAUAAGGCCAGUGGUGGAGACCGGCGAGGCUGGACCUCCAGGGUACAUCCGCAGGGUGACUGUGCGGAGAGGGUCCGAGGACUCGUCUAGCAUGCCUGUCAAAGGAUUUGCUGGAGCACCAGGCUAUCCUCCUCUGCAGCCUGUGUCUUUUAAGCCUCGACCAACCCGCCGCCAAGUUCCUGUAGCAGCAAAGGUGCCCUGGAACCCGAUGUAUCAAGCUCCAGUUCAAUCACCAGUUUCAGCUGUCAACAGCGCCUUUGCAGAUCCCUUCUCCUUCUCUGCCGGCCUAACACAGCAGCUCUCCGGAGACUCUGGCAUCAUCCGCUUCAACAGAGUUCUAGUCAAUGAUGGUGGACACUAUGAUCCCCACACAGGGAUCUUCACUGUACCUCUGGAUGGCCGAUACCUGAUUUCAGGUCUGCUGACUGCAAAGGAGGGUGACCGAGUACAAGCCGUUCUAUCUGUGUCUAACCGCAGCGUCCAAAGGCUGCAGAGCUCAGCUGGGCCUGUGGCUGGUCAACAUGGAGGCUCAGCUGGUGGUAACUGUGGCUGCGGAGGCUCGGUGUCCUUCAGUCUGAUCCUGCCCCUGAGGAAAGGAGACCGCGUGGGCCUGGUGAGGACCGGAGGCAAACUGGCCACCACCGAGGCCAGGGAGAUCCUCUCCACGUACAGCGCCAUCUUCCUGUACGCACCACAGACCAAAAGAUAGCUGGAGCUCAGCUGGGCAGUAACGGAAAGGACUAGGUUGUUCCCAGAUAGUUGGACUGGAGGAAAUGUUGAAGAAGAGUUUUCACUGAUUGGCUGUGAUGCAGCUGUUUCACCACACAAUGCCACAGUGUGAAGAUCCUCAGUUAUAAAUUCAGUUAAGUCGUCAUUACAUUGUAAUUUGUAAGCCCUUUGCCAAAUAUACCUGAAUACAAGAAGCAGAAUUUGUUUCUAAUAUAUUUGAUUAUCAAGUUGCCUUUUUGUACCAACUGUUAAAGUCUUGUGUAUAUAAGUGUUUAUAAAUUAACAAUAAAAUUCAUAGAAUUUAAUUAUUUUAACAAAACCAUCUCAGACACUCAUUAUACAGUACGUUGUUUUAAGACAAAAACAGUAAUUUUACCUGGUAGAACACAGGAGUUGCUGGUCCACCACUGCCUUGAUCCACAGAAUUCAACCCUAGUUCAAGGUAACUUUAUUUGUACCCACAGGUAGAUUUGGUUUGCAGUAAAAGAGGCAUUCCUCUUGACAAAAAUAUAAAAACAACAAACAAGGAUAAAGAUGAAAGUGCUCCAAGCUCUAAAAAUCAGGACUUACAAAGAGAGAUCAAUAAAAAAUAAAUAAAAAAAAAAAGUAAAAAUGCAGGUAAAAAGAAGAACAAUUCUGUGCCAUGUUACCACAACUUGUUGAUCUGAAUGAUAGCUGCUGGAACAAAACUAUUUUUAUACCGCUUCGUUCUUCAUCUUGGGCCCAUAAACCUCCUUCCAGAAGGAAUAAGUCACUGUGCUGAGGGCAGGAGUCGUCAUUUAAAAACUGUAACUGCCUACUGUACAGGGAUUCUGGGUUAAGAUGUGACUCACCAAUCAUCCUACUAUUACUACCAUUUAACAGUUUGACUGAGGGAGUUUCCUGUUCUUUAAAGCCAUGAUAACUGAGGCACUGUUAGACCAGCAACUCCUGUGUUCUGCAAGGUGAAAUGAGUCUUGUGGCUUUGAAGAGAGUGAUAUUAAAAGGUUCAGUAAUUUGUUGGAAAGAACUGUCUGACGGCAAAGUAAAGAAGUAAAGAGGUGAAAAUAUUCUAAAUCUAAUCGUACACUUAAACCCCUCCCCCCCUCCUUUCAUUAUUAUAGGUGGCUAAAAUCUGUUUUGUUGCUGCCCCAAUCUACAGCAGUACAUUCCUUAGCGUCUGUGCUCCUGUCUGCUUCCCCAAACUGGGGGGCGUGCUGAGCGCCAUCUACUGUAGGUAAUACACUGACUGGUACCUCAUACAACCCCCACUUCAUAAAAUCUGAACUGAUCCUUUAAUAUCACAAGUUCUACUGGCUCAGAAACGGCAGUCCUAGGCUAGAAGGCAAAAACCCCACAUGGGUCAUUACAUGAAGUGGGUGUGGGUGAAAAAUAAAAUUCCCUUCUCCUCACUUGUGACUUAUAAUUCUAAAACUUAAAAUAUUCCAACAGCAAACUCUUAAGAAGCAGGAGGAGCGUAUUUAGCCUUCAGUUCGGCCUCUGUUGACCUUUAAAAAGAGAAAAUACUGUUUUAUAUACAAUUUACCAAAUAGCAGUCCACUGAAUUACUGUCUCUAUAACUCUUUAAGGUUUGUGUUAUUCAAUAAAAGAAACCGAAACAUGGAAAUGCUUGAGGGAUUUUAACUGCAAUAAACUCAUUCAUGAAUUUUCACUUAAAAAGCAGGGUAAAAGUUACUCGCCCGUGGUUACUGUUGAACUUUCUGACUCAGACUGGAGCACACACGCAAAUGUAUUCAGUUAGAAACUUUAUUUAAUACAAAUAUGACCACAAGCCACACUUUGUUAGCUUCAUUAGGCCUUUUUUUUUCUUCAUACAAUGUAUUUUGUUCUUUAAACAUACUUUAAACCACAUUUCUAUACAAAUCAAACACAGCAUACACUUAAGGUAUUCCUGUUGGUCAGACACAAUCAAAUAGCAAGCAUUACCUCCAAACAGAAUGACACAAACAUAGUCCCACAAAAGAUCAUACACUUUAUAUGAAAUAAUAAAAACAAAAAAAAAGGCAUCAAAGACAGAAGAAUGUGAUGAUCAGCAUAUAUACUGGAUCAUUUUCCACAGCAGUUGAGUGAGAACAAACAAUAUUAUAUACCAUGUAUCCCAGGAUCAUAGAGGAUGAAGUGUGAUUCUUCCACACAAGAUGCUUUACUUUCAUAGAAAGAAUGGAAUUCAUUUUGUUAAUCAUAAGAUAUAUCUAUUUGACUUCACCAAACUUCGUAGAGAACAAGCAAACAAAUCAAAGAAAAACACGCAUCUUAAAUCAUCACAGAACAUCUGAGCUACAGAGUGAAUGCGGAAACACUUCAGCGAAAUAAUAACAGGCUGAUAGCGACAAAUCUGGAUGUACGGAAUUGUAUUGUAAAUUGUGCUUUUUUUUUUUCAUUAAAUGGUUCUGUCUGUCAA